UUGCUUCUGGCUUGCUGCUUUAGAGUAGAGUAGAAGACGCACGGUCGCUGAGGAGCGUUGCGAGGAGAGGAGAAAAAGCGGUGAAAUGGUGUAAAAGCUGAGCGGCCGCGAGCCGAGUCAGGGGACAAACGAGGAGGGACGACGCGGAAGGAUUUUUGCUCUUUGAAGUCAGUGACCUCCCGCUUUUUGAUGCUGUCCUCACGGGGGUUUGAGCCCAUAACGGACUUACUGGUCGGCUGAACCAUGCAGAGGCUGCUGCUCCUGAGUUCGGUGCUGACUUUUCAAACUGUGUGGACGGCGAGGUUCUCUCAGGAGCCAGCAGACCAGUCGGUGGUGCGGGGCCAGAGGGUGAUCCUGUCCUGCGUUGUCUUCAACUACUCCGGCAUCGUUCAGUGGACCAAGGAUGGGCUGGCGCUGGGCAUCGGAGAGGACCUGCAGGCUUGGCCCAGGUACCGCGUGCUGCGCGUGCAGGAGCUGGGUCAGUACAACCUGGAGAUCCUGUCGGCCGACCUGUCCGACGACUCCCUGUACGAGUGCCAGGCCCCCGACGCCGCCCUGAGGUCCCGCAGGGCCAAGCUCACCGUCCUCAUCCCCCCAGACGACCCGGUGAUCGACGGCGGCCCGGAGGUGCUGCUGAACGCGGGCGAGUCCUACAACCUGAGCUGCGUGUCCCGGGGGGCCAAGCCGCCCUCCAUGAUAGAGUGGCUGAAAGACGGUCUGCCGGUGGACGGGGCCUUCAGCGCCACCGAGGUCCUCGCCGACAGGAAGCGAGUGACCACGCGGAGCUACCUGCCCGUCCAUCCGGUGGACGCCGACACGGGCCGGAACUACAGCUGCGUGACCACCAACCUGGCGGUGCCCACCGGCAAGAUCACCACGGUCACGCUCAACGUCCACCAUCCACCGACAGUGACCUUAUCCAUUGAGCCUCGCUCUGUCCUGGAGGGGGAAAGAGUAACAUUCACCUGCCAGGCUCACGCCAACCCGCCUAUUAUGGGCUACAGGUGGGCCAAGGGGGGGGUGGUGUUGCAGGGCGCCAGGGAGAGCGUCUUCACCACCAAGGCCGACCACUCCUUCUUCACGGAGCCGGUCUCCUGUCUGGUUUUCAACGCCGUGGGCAAGACCAACGUCAGCAUCCUGGUGGAUGUUCACUUCGGUCCGAUCCUGUUGGUGGAGCCGCAGCCGAAGACGGUGGACGUGGACUCCGACGUCAGCCUCAACUGUAAAUGGGCCGGAAACCCUCCGCUCACGCUCACCUGGUUCAAAAAGGGUUCCAACAUGGUUCUGAGCAACAGCAACCAGCUGUAUCUGAAGUCGGUGAGCCAGGCGGACGCUGGCCAGUACGUCUGCAAGGCCAUCGUCCCGCGGAUCGGAGUAGGAGAGACCGAGGUCACGCUUACGGUCAACGGUCCUCCCAUCAUCUCCAGUGAUCCAGUCCAGUAUGCGGCGAGAGGGGAGCGCGGGGAGGUGAAGUGCUACAUAGCCAGCACGCCUCCUCCAGAUAAGAUCGUGUGGGCGUGGAAGGAGAACGUGUGGGAGAAGGAGAAGGGAACGCUGCUGGAGCGCUACACCGUGGAGCAGAGCAAGCCGUCGGCCGAGGGCGGCGGCGUCCUCUCCACCCUCACCAUCAACAACGUGAUGGAGUCGGACUUCCUGUCCACCUACAACUGCACCGCCUGGAACGCGUUCGGCCCCGGCACCAUGAUCAUCUCGCUGGAGGAGAUCGAGGAGGUCCCGGUGGGAAUAAUCGCUGGCGGGACGGUGGGCUCCACCAUCCUCUUGUUCAUAUUCCUGCUGGUCCUCGUUCUCAUCUUCUAUCGGCAGCGCAAAGGCAGUCGGCGCGGGGUCACGCUGGGCAAGCCCGACAUCAAGGUGGAGACCAUAAACAAGGAGACCCACAGCUUGGAGGAGGACUCCGGCAGCGUGUCCACAGCUUCUCGCAUGGUCAAGGCCAUGUACUCGUUUCUCCCCUCUGUGUCCUUCUCUCCCUCCAAUCAGCCCUUUAAAGAUGACAUAGAGCUCAAGUCUGACCUCCGCAGUGACACCCUGGACACCCGCCAGGAGUAUGACCUGAAGGACCCCACCAACGGCUACUACAACGUGAGAGCCUCCACCCACGACGAGGGCCGCCCCGCCUCCCGCUCCACCAUCCACUACUCCGACUACCGCUCCCCCGCGGGGACGCCGGGCGGGGCCGCGUCCAUCAGCAGCAGCGCCGGCGGCUCCGGGGCCACGGCCAGCGGAGGGGCCCCCGGCCCCCCCGGGCCCCUCACGUCCCCCGGGCGCCCCCAGGCCUGCUACGACCCGCGGCCCCCCUCCAGACUGUCCCACAUCAGCUACGCCCAGUUCAACACCUUCACGCGCGGAGGCCAGAGCCAGCAGCCCCCCGCCAACCCCGCCCCGGCCGCCGCCGACUUCCCCGGCGACUGCAGCCUCCUGGACUCCACCUCCCAACUGGCCUACGACAACUACGGAUACCCCUCGCAUUACCAGACCUACCGCAUGGGCUUCGCCCCGUCCAGCUUGGCCCCGCUGGAGGCCGGCCCGUCUUACGAGAUGUACGGGGUGGGGUCCGGGGUGGGGGGCCCCGGGGUCGCAGUUGGCCCCGGGGGCCCAGCGCCCUCGGCAUCAGAGACCGGACUUGGGAAGUACGGCAGCUCCACUCGCUUCUCCUACACCUCGCAACACUCUGACUACUCCCACAGCCGACACACACAGAGGAUGCAGACUCACGUGUGAGACAGCGACGCGCCGCCACCUCGCCGCCUUGGCCGAGCACGAGGGAGCAUCUCAUAAAUAGCGUCGCACAUCCAAUAGGAACGCACCCGACCGCAGAUUCACACGCGCGGGCACGUCGCGCCCUGCAGAAAACACAGGAAAAAAAAAAACACACAACACACACACACACACACAUGCACAGAGGGACGAGACCAUGCCCACGAGACGGGGAGGAGGAACGCAUGGAGGAGAGGGGGCGAGUGGAUGAAGAAGCGAGGGAAAUUCCACAGGAGUUUGGACUCCCUCGCUCCCGACGUGUUUGUAUAUACGAGCUCUGAAAGAGCGGACGGCGCAAGUCACAAUCAAGACCGGGGCAGCGAGAGAGAGCCGGAGAGUGAAAUGUCACUGCUCUUUGGAGCCUACAGCUUUCGCUAUGAACUGAACUUUGUAAAUGGGAGCGAGGACGUCUCAAGGCGAACUGAGUACACGCUAAACGCGGAUCAGAGGAAACCUCAACAAGUGGAAGUCAUUUCUGGCCCCCAUUGAUUUAGUAUUUUUUUGCUGGUUGUCUUUUUCAGCGAUCAUAAAGCACAUAUAUAUAGUAUCCCAGCAUGCCCUUCUGUACAGUUGUCCAUGCCAUCAUUCCUGUUAAGGCAGCGUGCGGUGGGGUGGGGGUGGGGGGUUAUGGGGGGUUGAAUGGGGUCCUCAUCAUUUUGCACUGCAUUUACAGUAUUCACGCUUUGACGUCCCAUAUCUAUAUGUGUCCAACGUCUUCUCUUUAUUUGCACACCUGACUAGAGCUUUGUACUCUAUUUUUUAACAUUACAAAAUUAUUUUUGUCAAUGUAAAACAUGUAACGUGUAUGUAUGGACCAAACGUUUGAACGCGAGUGCACAUAGCUUGGGUGUUUGCCUGAGUGAGAUCCACUGAGAGGGAGAGAGGCGAGAGUUGUGCCAAGUGCGGAGCCUGAAUCCAGGACGCGUGUCACAGCGGGGGGUGGGGGGGUAUCAGUGUAUAAACGAAACCUAGUGCCAAGUGUUUAUGUUGUUCUUCACCUUAGAUCAUGUAUAUGCAGUAGAAGCUCCUUCUAUUGGCGACUGUUGCUUUACAAACCGGGCUCGAGGCCUUGAGUCAUUCCCAGACGUUUUCACAGGCUGGAGCCUUUUUCCUCCGAGCCCCUAACUACAAGCCUGGUGCAGACAGCGAGAGAAAAACACAGAUGUUGGGUUUAGAACUGAGUGGCCUUAUAGGGGAACAUGUCGUACAUUUCCAUUUUGAAUCAUUCCUCAUCGUCUGUCUGCCAACGUGGCCAGAGGAGAAUGUGUAUGAAGAGGUUCAAUGAAGGCUUGUCCACAAUAUUGACAUGUAGUAGUGUACCGAGUGAGUGAGCGUGUGGGCGUGCGAGUGUGCAAGAGAGUGAGAGAGAGAGAGUGUGUGGGCGAUGGCGUGCACAUUGAUUUGUAUAGUGUGUUUGUGUGAAUGACUGUGCGUGCCAGGCGUACUGUAAACACGCAGGGCUCGACUCCAGUGUGCGUGUGCAUGUCGGUGUGUAAUCACUGUGUGCGUGUGCUGCUGCGUGUGUGGGUAUGCGUGCGUUUCACUAAAUGUCCAUAUCAUUUCUCUCACAAUCCUGUUACAGUACUUUUAUACCUCUGGUAGGACUGUAUCCUGUAUUAUUGUGUCUUUGAAUUUAGAAAACUCCAAUGUUUAUCUUAUUGUACUGUUCUUCGUAGCAGAGAAAACUGUUCAAAAGAUGUACAACAAACAUUAUCGAACUCAUUUUUUUUAUUUCAUUAUCUUCAAUAUUUUUUAAAAAUGGUAUGUAAUUAUUUUUCCACAGUAUUACAUAAAUAAAAGCACUGUUUUUUAUAAAAUA